AUGGGGCGUAUUCAUAAAGAAUACUAUAGUGCAAAUGCAACAUAUCUAUCUGAUGAGGCAAUCAAAGAAAUCAAAAGGUUGUUGGGGAAAGUAUCCGAUGCCAUAAACACAAUGGCAAAAAAAUAUCGCAUAUCUCAUACUCGUGCUCAAGAAUACAUAGAAAAUCAUGAACGUAAGCAACAAAUGAUAUAUCCCCGAGCAACUCAGAUACGAAGCAUCAUUUCUCCUGAAAUAGUAUCUAUGUUGGAAAAUAAUACCACGGAUAUACAGAAGAAAAAGAGGAAAUCCAAAUCCAAGUUUGAUCAUAAUUCUGAUUUGCCUCAACCUCCUGUUGAUAAAGAUCCAGAGACAGAAAAGCUAGGUAGAAAUCAAAAAGAGAUAGAAAAGAUUAGAGCAAGUGGUCGUAUUCUUGCCUCUAAAUUAUCUGUUCCUUAG